CCUCAUCAGCUCUGCGUCUCUUGCGCCCGUCCUACACAAACUGCUCCAGGCGACAAACCAUACAUCUAAACCAGGCAGAGAAGAAUGUCUGGGAACGGUGGCGAAAAGCGAAAGGCAGACGAAAUGACGGCGACGGCGGAUGUCGUGGAGGUGCCUCUUGCUGAGCUGAAAGACGUUGCGGAGAAAGGAGUGAGCAAGCUGGGGUACAACGAUGAAGAGACCAAGGUCAUCUGCGACGUCCUAAUGUACUCUCAGCUGAGGGGGGGCAACCAGGGCCUGAUCAAGAUCAUCACCCACGGCGCCGACAAGGCUCCGGACUGCGUGCCGGCGAAGGUGGUCCACGAGAGCAAGCUGUCUGCCCGGCUGGACGGGGGCAAGACCCACGGAAUGCUGGUGGUGUCCAAGGCCGUCAAGAUGGCCAUCGCAAAGGCGAAGGAGCACGGUUUCGGGAUGGUGGGAACGUCGAACACGUCCACUAGCACGGGGUCGAUAGGCUACUACGCCAGGGCGAUCGCGGACGCGGGACUCAUCGCCUUCUGCUUCGCGCAGUCCCCCGAGUUCGUGGCGCCGUUUGGUGCGUACGAGGCUUUGCUGGGCACCAACCCCAUCGCCGUGGGCAUCCCUCGGGAGGAAGGGAAGGAGCCCAUCGUGCUAGACAUGGCCACCGCGGCCUACCCUUUCUUCGGGCUGCUGGAGGCGAAGACGGCCGGGAAGCCCAUCCCGGGAGACGUGGCCUACGACGCGGAAGGGAACGCAACAACGGAUCCCGCAGAGGCCCUCAAAGGCGCCAUCAGGGUUUUCGACAGGUCUUACAAGGGCGGGAACCUGUCCCUCAUUGUCGAGCUCCUGGCCGGUCCUCUCGUGAGGGCGGCUACGACAGACAAGAAAUCCGCCAAGAACUGGGGAAACCUGGUCCUCGCCGUCGACCCGGAGUUGAUGGGGGACAAGGCAGAAUUUGCGGCGGGUACGGAGACCGUUCUUGCGCGUAUCAAGGGCGCCAAGAAGCUGCCGGGCGUAAAGGAGAUCAUGCUUCCCGGGGAGGGGGGGUCGGCGCGGGCGGCGGCGGUGUUGGCGUCCGGGGUGGUUAGCGUGGAGAAGAACCUCUACGACGGGAUGAAGGCGGCGGCUGGCCUCUGAUGGUGAGGGCCUGCUGUCGUACCGGGUGACCACCGUCGCCGCACCAGACGACGGUGCAGCGUCUGUUGCGUGGGCUGCUCGACAGUAGUUGUCUGCUGCUGUGGCGCUCUCGUACGGGCGUUCUUUUGGAGGUUCUUUGCCGUGCCGUGUGCAAGGAAGUGACGGGGUUACACAAGCUUGGUCGCGGCGAGCCCCCUAGGGAAUGGCGCGCUUGUGAACUGACUCAGUUUGUUGUCGUCUCGGGGGAGGAAGGGAGAGGGGGGGGGGCGAUGAAUGGUUGGUUGUGUGGGGAGGUGUUGGCUCGUCUUCUUGUCGGUUUUUUUUACACAUUGUUCUAGACAGAUCUGCUUGCCGAUGAGGCGGAUGUCGCAGCCGGGCAGUAGGGAAAAUAGAGUGAUGAUCGGGGGGGGGAAGCAGCAACUGUAGUAUUUGAUUUGCAUGUAAAAUUUAGAAUAGAGGAAAAAAAUAGAACGCGGUCGGAAUCGUUACAAAAGCGUUUUUUUUGUGACAACAGAAGUCAUUUUUACGCCUGGGUUCGUAGACUCGACAUGCGUUAUGAGGUUAGGAGAUUUUUUUCUUGCGAAAUAGAAGAUGAUAUACGAUGGCAACAGCACCGCGGACGACGUCCUAGGUUGUACGAGGCUAUGCAGCAGUCGGUUGACGCACACAACACGCGGUUAGUUCCAUUGCCCCGACCAGCGGGCGGUGGGAUUUCACCGCCGAGCAACGUCCAGGGGUUGAAAGAAGUUGUAUCGUAGGCAUAGGUCCCCACGAGAUUGUGAAUUUUGUUGGUGAGUCUCACAAAUCUUGUUACAUGAAUGCACAGGAAUCCGUGUUUGCGUGGAAAGAUGUCGGGUAGACUUAGACUCUGUCUCGUUUUGCAUCGCACCUUUAGUAUUUUUCGCGGUGGAGGAAGGGAGAGAGAA